AUAACAAAAAUGUACUCGUUAUUCUUUUAUUUUCCUAAGUGCAUAAAUAAGUAAAAAAGUUGUAAUUUUAGAGCAUUAUUCUAACUUGACAAUCAACCUAGUAUCCAAACAUUAAACAGAUUUUUCUUUUCACGUGAAUAUUCUAUGAGUAAGGAUUAAGAUGUCUGCAAAAGAUAAGCGAAAGCGCUGAAAGGAAUCAUUGCACGCGGUGAACUUAUUAUUAAGUGUCUCGAACCGGAAUGAGCAAUUUGAAAAGUCUGAAAGAAAGAUGAGAACGAGAGAAAGACCAAAAGAUUAUCCGUGCAAUCCCGACGAUUCUCGAUAGGACUUAGAACGAUCCUUAUAACGUCGAAUGAAAAGAUAAAUGAACUUCUAGGGAAGGAAGAUGAAAUAGUGAAACGAUUGGACGGCAGUCUAGCGAGUGAAAUCAAUGAGCUAAUAGGCUUGCUUGGAGUUAAACAGCUAAUCAAGUCGGUAUUAUUGGAUCAUGGAAGCCAAGCAUCGCGUUCGCAUCCCUCGCACAUUGCAAACGUCACCCCACACAAAUGCGUCGUAGCACACUUAGUCGUGACUGGCACUGCAAGGGUUGAACGCCGCGGGGCCUGCACGACCUGUGUUUUAAUUAGAGGCGAAUUCCGUCGCGCGGGACAACUCGAGAGAACGGCGUCUCUUACGUAAUAUAUUUCAGGCGGUAAACGCUAUUUAUCUGCAAAAUGAAUGAUUUCGAUUAUGGAAACCAGCGAGAAAGUAACGAUUGGCAUGUCCAAAAUGAACAAAGAGAAAUGAAAAAUCGGGGUAAGACUGAGAACACAGGAUCUGUAACUCUUAAACGAUUGGACAGCAUUCAGGAUCCAGGAAAAAGAUACGCACUGAAGGAUUACAUUGGUAGCGGUGUAUACGGCAAUGUUUACGAAGGAAUUGAUCAGCAAGCUGGAAAUAAGAAGGUUGCCAUUAAAAUUCAAACUCUCACGCCGGAAACGCAAUCCCUGAUUGUGGAAGAAUAUCGUAUUCUUCGUGAUUUCGCCGGUCACCCAAAUCUACCAGAUUUCUACGGGGUAUAUCGCAAACGAUCGGCGAAGAAAUCUGAUUACGAUGAAAUGUGGUUCAUCAUGGAGCUCUGCGAAGGUGGAACAGUCAUGGAUCUCAUUCAUGGCAUAAUUGCAAGCGACAAAAGAAUACAGGAAGAACAUAUUGCCUUCAUCUUAAGAGAAGUGAUCAAAGCCCUGAUCCACUUGCAUGAACACAACAUAAUUCACAGAGACAUCCGCGGCAACAAUAUUGUUCUAACGAAGGAAGGCGAAGUGAAACUAGUGGACUUUGGACUGUCGAGAACAAUGAAGGACGAACUCGAGAAAAGACACAGCUACAUAGGCUCGCCGUCCUGGAUGGCGCCGGAAAUGAUCGGCAGCAAGGAUAGCGAAGCCGACAAUGGAUACGACAGCCGGGUCGACGUAUGGGCGAUCGGCAUCACGGCGAUAGAGCUGGCCGAUGGCAAAGCGCCGUUCGAGGACAUGCAUCCGACUCGUGCGCUCUUCCAGAUCGUUCGGAAUCCACCCCCGACUCUUUACCGACCCGCCAACUGGUCGAAGAAUUUCAAUGACUUCAUUUCGGAAUGCCUCGAAAAGAAUCCCGAGAACAGACCGUACAUGAUGGAGAUCAUCGAGCAUCCCUUUCUGUCGGAGCUACCUGAAAACGAUUAUACCUUGACGCAAGAGAUCAAAACGCUAGCAAUGGAUCUGUCGGAAAAGGGCAGAAAACAUAGAAAAGCCGAAUCAGUAGUUCGUAAAGGUUUUCUAAAGACUCGUCAGGAAGAAUCAGCGAAGCAAAUGUUCAUGGAGGAUUUAGCGGCACUAGAUGACUUGACUGAGGACGUGAUCCUGGACGAACUUUGGGAGAGAUUAAGACGCGGUGAAUAUCACACGUUUAUCGGCGACAUCUUACUGAUACUCAACCCGAACGAAGAGCACGAUAUUUACAAUUUUCACCAUCACGCAAAGUAUCAAUGUAAAUCGCGAUCGGAUAAUGCCCCUCAUAUCUAUUCCGUGGCGGAUAGCGCGUUUCAAGAUGUUAUGCUAAACGAAGAAUCUCAGCACAUUUUGUUGGCCGGUGAAAGUAAUUCCGGAAAAACGACAAAUAUGCUGCAUCUAGUGGAGCAUCUUAUGUUCCUCGGAAAAGGUCUGCACGAUACCGGAGUGAAAGUGCUAAAAGCUAUAAAAAUUAUUCAUGCUUUUACAAACGCGGCGACACCGCUAAAUGCUAAUUCCACCAGAUGUAUAUUGCAAACACAGACGACUUUCGGGUCAACCGGCAAAGUAUCGGGUGCAAUAUUCUGGCUAUAUCAGUUGGAAAAAUGGCGCGUUUCAACUCGCGACAGAAAUCAAUCAAACUUCCAUAUUUUUUAUUAUUUUUAUGAUGGUUUUGAAGCAUCAGAAAAUUUAAAAACAUUUUUCCUACCAAGCGGGAGAAAACUUCGAUAUCUCAGAAUAACCGACAAAAGUACUGAAAAGAAACGAGCGUUCAAAGUGAGAAACGAUCCGCAAAACAACGCGAUUAAACUCAAAGAACUUAGGGAAUGUUUCAAGUUUAUGGAUAUGGAGGAGCAUUGUGAAAUUAUUUGGAAAAUUCUCGCAGCUGUACUGAUACUCGGAGAGGUUCGGUUCGUUGAAGGCAAUAACGGGGAAGCCGAGUUGUAUAAUGACGAAAUUGCUAACAAAGUGGCGGAACUUCUCGGUUUAGACGCGAAGAAAUUUACUUGGGCUCUCAUUAAUUACUGCUUGAUCGUGAAGGGAUCAGCGACACGUAGGAAACAUACUUGCGAAGAAGCGAAAGAGGCACGGGAUGUCUUGGCAAACACUCUUUACCAGCGUUUAGUAGACUGGAUAAUUAAUAUGAUCAAUUAUAAGCUUUCAAUGACACGUGGUCUUUAUGGUGAUAAAUAUUCUAUCAGCAUUUUUGAUCACUUUGGACUUGAAUGUUUCUCAGCAAACAGGCUGGAACAAUUACUAGUGAAUACAAUAAAUGAGCAAAUGCAAUAUUAUUAUAAUCAAAGAGUAUUCGGCUGGGAAAUGCAAGAACAAGAAGAGGAUGAUAUACCUGUGCAACGAUUACGCUUUUAUGAUAAUAAGGAAGCGAUUGAUCAACUAAUGAGCAAAGAAGAUGGCCUCUUUCAUAUCAUUGACGACGCUUCGCGACAAAUGCAAGACGCUCAGUAUAUUCUCGAGAGGAUUAAAGAACAUAAACGUGGCAUUUAUGUGAAACCGGUGAGUUCACACGAAUUCACGGUCGCACAUUAUACCGGUAAGCUGAUAUACGACGCCAGCGAAAUUGCUACGAAAAAUCGAGACUUUGUGCCGCCGGAGAUGAUCGGCACGAUGAGAUUUUCAUCGCACGAUACAGUCAAACAGAUGUUCAUCAACAAGCUAACCAAAUCAGGAAAUCUGACGAUCGUUCGGGAAGAUUGUUGUCUCGCGGCGAAGGAAACGACGAAAAAAAAGUGGAGUGCUCUCAUGCAGGAAUCUUCUACGUUUCGAAAAUAUAACACUGCGUCCAGAGGACAAUACUCGCAGUCACGCAAGAUGCGAACGUGCUCGUCGACAUUCAAAGCGACGAGUCUCGAAAUUUUGAAAAAUCUCGCGACAGGCACGGGAAAUAGCGGCACGCAUUUUGUUAGGUGCAUACGCUCCGACCUCGAGGAUGUUCCUCGCAGCUUUUACCGGGAAGUCGUCAGACAGCAAAUCAGAGCGCUAGCAGUUCUUGAUACAGCGAAAGCCAGACGACUCGGGUACCCGUAUAGAAUACCCUUCCAAGAAUUUCUUCGAAGAUACAAGUUUCUAGCCUUCGAUUUUGACGAGACAGUAGAGAUGACGAAAGAUAAUUGCAGACUACUUUUAAUCAGAUUAAAAAUGGAAGGCUGGAUUAUCGGCAAGACCAAAGUCUUCUUGAAAUAUUACAAUCAGGAAUAUCUAUCGCGUUUAUAUGAAACUCAAGUAAAAAAAAUUAUAAAAGUGCAGUGCAUGAUGCGUGCCUUUCUAGCACGCAAAAACAUUGCUUCGAAGAUCACUCAUAUCAAAAAAGAAAUGAUCAAGAAAGCAUCAAUUAAGAAGAAUAAUUCAAUUACUGAGGAAGAAGCGGCAUUAAUGAUACAAAAAACAUACAGAGGACAUAUGGUAAGAAAGGGAACCGAAUCUUUACACAAGGAAGAGAUGAGCGAAGAAACGAAGAAUUUUAUCAAGUUGUAUUGCAACAAAUGGAGAUUAAAAAGCAUGUUCCAAGUCCUUUUACAGUACCGUGCAGCCCGAUAUCAAGAUUUUGUCCAAUUAUCGCAACAGGUCCAUUUAUACAGUCAAUCAAUAGUAGCAGCUUUGGAGAAAAUAAAUGAAAAUGUGUUUCUUGAGAAAAUCGACCCAAAUGCCAAAAUAAAUACCUACAUAAGUGAAAUAAGACCACCUCAAGUCUACAAGCUACCUUUCAAUAUACAACAAGAGUUUCCGUAUUUCGAUAUGAAUUAUGUAAAUGAUCCUUCAAAUAUAAAAAUUAAACGUGCAGGUAGAUCUAUAUCAUCUACAUUAAGUGACGACGAAUCCUGGGAUGCGCCGUUACGUAGACAAACCGUGCCCUGGGCCAACAAAAAUGUUCACACCAGAGACGUCGAGGUUCAAACAACAAACUCGCCACAUCACGUGUCCCUUCAUCGUUCAACUGUCAAUAAUGAGCAAAGUUUAAUCAACACUCCAUUCACCAGGGAUCCAAGCAUUCCGAUUCAGUGUCCACCGGAGGAGCCAUCCCGCCGUAGCGUUCCUGAUUUUCAAUCAAAUAAACAUGACACCACACAAUUCUCUGGAUUCUGUACUCCUUAUUCUGUAAGCAAUAAUAACAUCAACAAAUCAGUACACUCUAGGAAAAAAGUAUCAUCGCCACCAGCCGCAUCCAAUCAAACGCAAUCCUCGUCAAUGUGCAACUACGAGUUAAAUAUUCAAAACAGAAAUAAUACAGAACGGAAGUUUGAGAACAGAGUUAAUAAUCAUAUUAACAGUGACAAUCGCGUAAACCCUAUCAAAGAAUUGGAAAUGAUCGGACGUAGGAACAAUAACGAUGAAAAUGAUGAUACACCUCCAUUCAAUUUUCAAGCAAUGCUACGAAAAACACCCCAUCAGCGUGCUUCGAUGAAACGUAAUCCUGUAUAUGAAAGUGCUACACCGUCAAAAUCAAUAUCAAAAUUUCAACAUCGCCACUUAGACGAAUUAGACACUGCUGACAAAAGUGGCGAUAGUCGUAAAGAUUCGCCAGAAUGGAGUCCAAACGAGAUGAUCCUCAUGUCGGAGAAGUACGCGAAAGAGAAUGCAUGGGAUGAGGAAAACACGAAAGAUAGUGUUACUACGGAAAUAGCACCAGGCAUUAUUGUCAAAGGCUACGUAGCUGACCUAUAAAGAAUCACAAGCAGAGAUCAAUUGCAUCAAAAUCAAUCAAUUGAAUUUAUGUUUGAUCAAUUUAGCUCUCGCCAUCUAUAUUUAUCAGUAUAUAUAGUUUUAAAAAAAGUCGCUAGUUUAGUGAAUUUAAAAAAUUAAUGUUACCAAUUUCUCAUAAAAUGUCUGAUAAUCCAUACAUGCAUUAAAUUCUUAAUUACUAGAAAAGCAUAAAUUUAUAACGAAUAAAGUAAUUACCAGUAUCGUUUAUGACAAUUUAUUGAUUAAACAAGUAAAAGACUAACUAAAAAGAAAGAUAUGCAUUUUAUUUGCAAUUUAUUAAUUGCAGUACAUUAAAUAUUAUUUCUAUUGAUACAAAUAAUAAACAUUUCAAUACAUCAAUAUCAAUAAACUCAGAAUAAAUAAUUUAAAUUAUAGUGUAUUAUGUAUUUAUAAUAGUACUGGUUACGCGCAUAAAUGUGUUCAUGAAAAGAAAUACAUAUAUAAGUACUUAACAAU